UGGGGCGGUGCUAACGUUUCAGACGCAUUAAGAUUCCCCUGCCGAAGGAAUGGUCCUGGAUCUCAUCACCCUUGGUGGGUAUAUGCUCAUCCGAGCAGCCAUCACCGAGGUCCAAAGGCGGGAUGCGGAGCGAGAAUUGGCUGCUCAACGACGCAUCGGCUCGUCCCGUGCUUCAGCAUCCUCAUCCGUGGGCACCAAAGAGGCCGUUUACGAGAAAUUCCCUCUCGCCCCGGGCGAAAUACGGCUUCUGAGGCUGGAAGCCGGUACGGGAGACAUCUGUUGCUCUUUCUUCACCAAGUCUCUGUCGGAGAGUCACAAGUACGAUGCCAUAUCAUAUAAUUGGGGCGAGAGCACUCAGAACAGACAUGUCUACGUGGAAGGCGUCAAAUUCGAAGUGACUGACAACGUCUUUGAUGCGCUUAGCCAAUUCCGCGAAGGCGUGGGUGGAACUGCGAGGAAUGUAUGGGUCGACGCCUUGUGCAUCGAUCAGAGAAAGGAAGCCAUCGAGAAGAGACAUCAAAUCGACAACAUGCAUCGCGUCUACACGAAUGCUAACACUGUCUUAAUUUGGCUGGGCCCAGCGCGAGAAGGUUGUGCUCGAGCAGUCGAAUUCUUCAAGAGUCGAGAAAGCAGGCCGCCUCCUUCCGAUCGUGAUUUGAUUCAGCUGGGUGAGGGGCGCGGCAGGGAGCCGUUGAUUGAUCUUAUGAGGAAUUUCCUCCUCAGGUUGUGGUGGACUAGAGGUUGGAUCGUGCAAGAGGUCAUGUUGGCCAAAAACCCGAUCAUGUACUCUGGUCAAUAUUGCCUCUCGUUUGACCUGGUAUUGCAGCUGGCGAAGAUCAAUACCUUUUUCCCUCGCCACAUUCUCAAGGCUAUCCCAGGGGAUUCGAUCAGUCCGCCGAUGGUGGGCGCGCAGCUCCCUAUCAAUCCGAUGCUCAUGUGUCGGGGGAGUGUCUUGGCCGGAACAAAGCUCCGUUUCGAUGAGUGGCUGUCCUCAUUUAGGACGCAAAAGACUUCUGAACCGGUGGACCGGAUCUAUGCCUUCAUCGGCCUGGGGAAGGUCUAUGACCCUGACUUGCCCAUAUCUGCCACCGACGAGAAGCCACUCGAGGUCGUUUGGGCACAGACAACGCGAUAUAUCCUUCAAAAGUUUGGCAACCUGGACUUCAUAAGCAUUGGGCGCGGUCCAGGGCGAUGCGAAGAUCAGAGUCUCCCUCAUAAACGUUCGGUUAAUCCUGAGACAUUCGAGCUUCCUGGUUGGGUACCCGAUUACACCCUUCCUGGUGCAACAGGAACCUCAUUAAGGCCGCUUCCAAUCAAUGUCAUGAAGCCGUCGAUCUUCAAUGCAAGUCUUGGUCGAAAACCGCUCAUCCGAUUUGCUGGUGAUCUCAAGGGCCACAGCGACACUAGGAAGCUUUGUGCUUCCGGGAUUGAAAUUGGCUCCAUUUCAGCAGUGACUGGCAUCAAUGAGUUGUGCGGCGACUUCACGAACGAUUACCUCGUGCAAUCACCGAAUACUGAUCGGUUUGUCAGUGAAGCAACUCGUCUUUGUAGCAGCUACAAGAAAAAGAUGGACAAGGAAGCAGGGCUGCCUGUCGAUCCAGACCCGCUCGACUCUACCGUAGAUCAGCUCCAGAAUCUAGCCACAGGGUCGAGUUACCACGGCUUUGGCUACACGUGGUUCGAAGCGCUGGGAAAAGCGCUGACAAUGGAUAUGCGCUUCGUUGGCGAUCGACUUCCACCAGGAGAGCACUACUUCAACUUGCCUGAAGACCCACCUGCUGACUAUAGGGGUGGGGUGGGAACUGAGGAAGAAAAUCGAAUUUUGUGGGCACAAACACUGCACGGAGAGCGGCAUUCGUGGACAAACGGAAGGCGAUUCUUCAUCACGCAGAAAGGCCAUAUUGGCGUUGGGCCUCCGGAUGCGACCUCGUCGGAUGUGAUAUGCAUACUCGACGGGGCGAUGGCGCCUUUCGUCCUCAGGCGCACAGGUACUGGCAUCGAAAAGCAGUGGGAGUAUAUCGGCCACUGGUGA